CCCGCGCCGCCGCGGCGAGCCGGGCAUGCUCAUUGGCGCGGACCCGGCCCAAGUCCGAGCAGGAAGCGCCCGCGCCAGGCAGCCCCUGCGCUGCCAGCUGGAGCCGGGCGGAGCCGGCGCCGGGUCGCUGGGUGGCUCUGCCAGUCCCCGCGCGCCUGGGCGGCCGCACACGUGUCCAGGCGUCACGUCCGCGCGCGCCCCCGGGGCUUGCGUCAGCUGCCGCUCCAAAAGCUGGUGUGCCGGGGUUCUGCGCACCGCUGGGUUUCGGGGCCCGCGACGCCGCCGGGAGGAGGAGCCUUGGGGUGCAGAGGGGUUUUUCGUCUCGCCCAGGGCUGCGGAGAUCUGCGCGGUUGAGCCCCCACGCCGGCCCGGCGCCCACCGUCUCCGCUGCCCUGUUCCGGGCUGGGCGCGGUGGCGUUGCCCCAGAGCCCGCCGCCCGCGGGGCGCGCACCGCUUUGACCCCGGCGGCCCCGCGGCAGGCAGGCGCCCGCAGUUCCAUGGUUGGUUCGGAGCGCGAUGAGCCGCCCGUCCUCCACCGGCCCCAGCGCUAACAAACCCUGCAGCAAGCAGCCGCCGCCGCAGCCCCAGCACGCUCCGUCCCCGGCUGCGCCCCCAGCCGCCGCCACCAUCUCGGCUGCGGGCCCCGGCUCGUCCGCGGUGCCCGCCGCGGCGGCGGUGAUCUCGGGCCCCGGCGGCGGCGGCGGGGCUGGCCCGGUGUCUCCGCAGCACCACGAGCUGACCUCGCUCUUCGAGUGUCCGGUCUGCUUUGACUAUGUCCUGCCCCCCAUCCUGCAGUGCCAGGCUGGGCACCUGGUGUGUAACCAAUGCCGCCAGAAGUUGAGCUGCUGCCCAACGUGCAGGGGCGCCCUGACGCCCAGCAUCAGGAACCUGGCUAUGGAGAAGGUGGCCUCUGCAGUCCUGUUUCCCUGCAAGUAUGCCACCACGGGCUGUUCCCUGACCCUGCACCACACGGAGAAGCCAGAACACGAAGACAUCUGUGAAUACCGUCCCUACUCCUGCCCUUGUCCCGGUGCCUCCUGCAAGUGGCAGGGGUCCCUGGAAGCCGUCAUGUCCCAUCUCAUGCACGCCCACAAAAGCAUCACCACCCUUCAGGGAGAAGACAUUGUCUUUCUAGCUACGGACAUUAACCUGCCGGGGGCCGUCGACUGGGUGAUGAUGCAGUCUUGUUUCGGCCACCACUUCAUGCUGGUGUUGGAGAAGCAAGAGAAGUACGAAGGCCACCAGCAAUUCUUCGCCAUUGUUCUGCUCAUCGGCACCCGCAAGCAGGCCGAGAACUUUGCCUACAGACUGGAGCUGAACGGGAACCGGCGGAGACUGACGUGGGAGGCCACGCCCCGGUCCAUCCAUGACGGGGUCGCCGCUGCCAUCAUGAACAGUGACUGCCUGGUGUUUGACACAGCCAUAGCACAUCUUUUUGCGGACAACGGUAACCUUGGAAUCAAUGUGACUAUUUCGACAUGUUGUCCGUGAUGCGCUGCCAUGAUCUGGGCAUUGUGCUUUACGGUUAAUAAAGGUUUUUAUAGAUGUUUUA